CUAUAAAUAUAUAUUGAAGUAAACUGAAGCAAUGGACUCUCUCUCUCUCUCUCUCUCUGCAUGAACGAAUCAAAAACAUCACAAUCUCUUUCCAUUUUUGUUAAGCUAGUACAACAUCUCUUUCUUUCUCUUUGAUUAAAACUUCCAAAAAUGGAAGGUUUGUGUUUUCGCCUCCUCUUGUUAUUCGUUUUUUUAGUUUGUUCUCAUACAUGGCAUAGAGUCAACGCGACCGAACCGGUUCUAGCGUUAACUAAAGGCUUCGAAGCUAAACCGGACUCGUCGAUCAACUCGUUCCAGCCACUCCUCACUGACCCGAGCGGAAACUUCUCAUUCGGGUUCUUACGCUUAAACGGUUCACGACUCUCCCUCGCUGUAACCCACCCGAACUUAACUGAUCCCCUCUGGGUCUUCGACCCGACCCGGACAGCGAGCUGGUCACACAAAACGAAACUAUCCUUCAACGGCAGCCUCGUGAUCUCAGAUCAUUCUUCUAGGGUAGAAUGGUCAACUCACACUAACGGAGACCGUCUAAUCCUCCGUAACGACUCAAACCUCCAGGUGGUAUCGUCCACGUCAUCAUCCUCAGUCGAGUGGGAGAGUUUCGAUUUUCCAAGUAACACACUCGUCGAGAACCAAAACUUCACGUCCACGAUGGCUCUGGUCUCAUCCAACGGCCUGUAUUCGAUGCGAUUAGGACGCGAUUUCAUCGGACUGUACGCUAAAGUGAGCGAAGAUUCUCAGCAGUUCUACUGGAAACACAGCGCUCUCCAGGCGAAAGCCAAAGUCAAAGACGGAUCGGGUCCGAUCCUCGCCCGGAUCAACCCGAACGGUUAUCUCGGUAUGUACCAAACCGGAACCGUUCCGGUCGACGUCGAAGCGUUCAACAGCUUUCAACGACCGGUCAACGGUCUCAUGAUUCUCCGAUUGGAGUCCGACGGGAACCUCCGGGGAUACCUCUGGGACGGAUCUCGAUGGGCGUUGAACUACGAGGCUAUUCGUGAAACCUGCGAUCUCCCGAAUCCGUGUGGUCCUUACAGUCUCUGCACGCCGGGAUCGGGAGGAUGCUCGUGCAUCGAUAACAGCACGGUGAUCGGAGAGUGUGGUGGUCACGUGCCUUCGGGAGGAGCAGCGGCGGACUUUUGCGGUGAGACGGAGAAGUUUAGAGUGGUGAGACGUGGAGGCGUUGAAGUGCCGUUCAAGGAACUGAUGGAACACAAAACGACGUCGUCAGUUGGAGAGUGUGAGGAGAUGUGUGUGGACGAUUGCAAGUGUUUCGGGUCGGUUUAUAAUAACGGGUCGGGGUUUUGUUAUUUGGUUAAUUAUCCGAUCCGGACGAUGCUGGGGGUUGCGGAUCCGAGUAAAAUGGGUUAUUUUAAGGUACGUGAAGGUGUAGGGAAGAAGAGAAGCCGAGUGGGAUUAACGGUUGGGAUGUCUGUGCUUGCUGUGAUAGCGUUGGCUUUAACGGUAGCGAUGGUUUAUGUUGCGUUUAGGAUAUGGAGUAGAGAGAAACAUGCACUAGAGGGGGAAGAUGGUGGGUUAUCACCCGGCCCGUAUAAAAAUCUCGGGUCGGAUAGUUUUAGCUCUGUUGAAAUGAGCCGUAGAUGAUAUAGCUUUUUAGUGUACACAUAUAUAAAAUUAAUUAACCUUCUUUUUUUUGCUU